AGUAGUAUAGUGGAUUUAUUAUCCAAAUGUGAUAAGGCCGAAACCGCCCACAUUUGGUCUUCCUUGUAUUCUCACGAGCUUUUGUUGAAAAAGAUCAAAGAGGAAGAAAUGCGUGAAAAUCCGAAGCUUACGAAUGCCUUCAAAGCUUCAAAGGACUCAUCAAGUGAAGAGUUAAGUGAGUCAAGUGAUAAUUCAAGUGACUCAAGCUCUACGGAAGAGUCAAAUGAUGAAGAAGAUGAAGAGAAGGCAAUGAGAAUGAAGUAUACAGAUUUACUCAAAUGGAAAAAAUAUGUGAAGCGCAAAGAAACAUAUUCAAAGCCGAAGAAAGAGCGACAUAAACCAAGGAAUCCAAGCUUCAAGAACUCACCUUCCAUGGCUCCCAAAAAGGACACCAACAAGAGAACAAUUGCUCCAGGUAAAAUUCUAAACCUACCGGAUUUCCCCCAAUUCAUUAUCUCGGUUCUUACGCUUCAAGGGUUGCUAGGCUUUGUUGCAAUAGAUGAAUUGGUGUAUGAUGAGCUUGUGUAUGAAUUCUAUGAUAAUCUCUCGUGGGAAACUAAGGUCAAUGAAGAUGAAGAAGAAACUCCUUUUCUCAAAUCUAGGGUUAAGAACAAAACUAUAAAUCUUGGAAUUGAGGAAAUUUGUGAAUCUUUUGUUAUUGUUGAUAACCGUGAUGGAUUUGAGACGUAUGAUAGGCAUGGUUGGGGCAUCAAGGGUGAUAAUCUAGCUAGUUGUAUUGAUAAGAUACACAAUGGAGUUGAAUAUUCCGGAAUUGUUAGGCCUAAAAGAGAAUUUUUGAAUGUUAAUCAACAAAUUCUUUUGAAAAUCUUAAAAGAAUGUCUUUUGCCUACCGGAAGCAACGACUCCAUUGUUGGUAUGCUCGAGUGUGCCAUUGUCUAUCUCUUGGAAGUGGAAUCCCUUGUUAGGUUCCCUAUGAUGAUGAUGAACCAUAUGUGGAUUCACAAGGGUUAUGGACAACUUCCAUAUGGAAUGGCGUUGACCAAAGUGUUCCGAAGGGCCAAAAUCAAGCUUGAAAAAUACCAAGGAAGGAACUAUGAGUAAAAGAAGAUGAAUGCCACAAGUCUUCGACAGUCAAAGAUCUUUCAACACUUUGACGGAUUUCACACCGAAGCUUCCUACAACCAAAUUUCGGUAGAAGAGAGAAACCGAUGGAGACGUGAGCAUAACUUAAGUAAAUUUGCAAGUUCUUC